CUGGUUCAACAGAUGCAAAACAAAAAAAAAAACUAAGUUGCAAAAACAUGCUCAAAGUGAACAUCAUUUGACACCAAUAGUUAAAUGGGUGUGUUACAUACAUUCUAAAAAACUAGGAACAAAUUCAGUGAUUUCACAGUUGUCAGCUGCUAGCAAAGAACAAAUAUUGAGAAAUCACGAAUAUAUAAAAUGUCUUAAGUGAUAUAGUGUUAUACCACGGCCGUCAAGGAAUUGCACUACGAGCACAUCGAGAAGAUGUAAAUUCAUUAAAUAAAGGAAAUUUUAAAGAAAUGUGUUCUCUUUUUGCAAGACAUAAUUCUGAUUUUGCUAAAAUAUAUAAUGCUGAAAAAAAAACUACUCUAGUUGGACAAUACAAAAUGAGUUAAAAACCAUUUGUGCAACAUAUUUAAUAGAUAUUAUCAUUAAUGAAAUACGAGAAUCAAGAAUGUUCAUCAUUCAAUGUGAUGAAGCUCGGUGUUAUAAACAAGAGCAACUAGCACUUUGUAUUGGAUAUUUAAAAACUUUAGAAGUUUAUGAAAGAUUUAUUGAGUUCUAUGAUGUCUCAGAAAACCAAAAUGCUGCUUCCUUAGUUGCUGUUUUGCUUCAUUUCAUAAAUUCUUCAAAUUUGAGUAAUGUCCCUAUUAUUGGACAAUCCUAUGAUGGGGCUGCAAUUAUGUCUGGUUCAGUAGGAGGUGUUCAAACCAAAUUUAGACAAUCCCAUCCUUCAGCAUCUCGAGCUGUUUAUGUCCAUUGCAUGGAUCAUAAGCUUAACUGAGUCAUUGUGGAUAUGUGCAAGCAUUUAAAAGAUGCUAGGAAUGUCUUUAAUGGUCUAGAAGCUUUAGCUUUAUAUGUCCACUUUUCUAAGCGAGCUAAAGACCAUAAAUUGAAAAAUAUGCAAAAUAAACUUGGGCUAAAAAACACUAAACUAGAACAACUUAGUGAUACCAGAUGGGUUUGUAGAUUUAAAAGCUGCAAUGCUCUUAUACAAAAUUAUAAAUCUAUUUUAAUGACUUUGGAUGAUGAGAUACUUGAACAAAAAUCAAAAUAUGUGGCACAAGCAAUUGAUUCUUCAGUCCAUACAUAUAUUGAGUACUCAGCUUCAGUUAAAAGAAACAACUCUGGGCCGAUCGGGUAAUUUGAUAAAAGGAAUAAUUUC